CUGCGAAAGAUAGGUUAUUUUUCUGUCAAUUUAAUUUACGUGUCGCAAUUUUAUGAAAUAGGUUCCAAAUUUACAGUUUUUCUUAUCAGAAAUAGAUGUAAAUAAUACAGUUUAUAUAUCCAAAUGAAAUUAACAUGUCUAAUCUACACGACAGCGUAUCAGAAAGAAAUAUUGACGUCAGUAAGCCAUCAACUUCAGAGCCUAAGUCGCAGCCUAUUCGCUCUAAAAGUUCCCUAAAUAAUCGAAUACAAGAUAAUAAGGUCCCAUCACCGUCGAAGAAAUCGCCAAAGCAUACGACAACGUCUCGUCAACAACCAGAUGAAGUGAAAAUUGCAAGUCUGACAUUUACAAAUUCAUCAGUAAACGAUCUUACGCCUCAGUGCCAAAACAUAAAUAUCGAUAGUGAAAGUGACGAUGUGGAUCAAGGCGACGUUCCAGUGGCGCUGAAGAAGAAAAAUGCAAAGAAAAAAGAGAGAUUGAAGCUACAAUUGCAAAUGCCUCCAGUUAAUGCAGUACCCGCAACACAGCCGCAACCCCAGCCGCCGCCUCCGUUUGUACAAGAACGCCCAAAUUACGUGGUACAAAAUCAAAUUACUGUUCAAGAAUUCUUCUUAACGAAAAUUGGACCUCUGUAUGCUAGUACAAGUUCAAGGUAUUUAGAAAACAUCAGUCACCACCCCCAGUUGCAAUACAUGCAUGCUAUACAAACAAGGGACCUGCUCCAAAACAGACAACAUUUGGCUAGUGCUACACAUACACCUCUAUUACAUGUAAUGCAGAGGCCUAAUUCAGCAAACGUGCCCACUUCUCCUUUAUUGCAUUCUGAGCCAACAACGCCAAGAUACUUACAAAAUGCUUUACACCACCCUUUACUAUGUCGGUCCUUUUCUGUAGAAAAUCAUGCAAACAAUAUAGAAUCAAGGCAGCAACCAACUGUGUCCAUGCAGAAUAAAUCAACAACUGUACCUGUUAAUCAAGAAAAUAAUGAGAAAAAAAACUCUCCAAAAAAGAAGAAAAAUAAUAAUACUAAUGGUAAAAAGAAAGACUUGAAUGGUGAUGACAAAAAAUUUGAAUUGUAUAUGCCCACAGAUCAAGUAAUUUUGGGUCUACAAAACAAUGCUCUUGUUGAAGGGGUGAUAAGAAUAAACCCUAAACAAUUUCAACACGCUUAUGUCUCAAGUACAGAUAGAAAAGAACAAGAUGUACUCAUAGAUGGUAUUAAGAACCGAAACCGAGCAUUGGAGGGAGAUGUUGUUGUAGUGCAAGUGAUAAAUGAUAACCAGAGUGAAGAAAAUCCUGAUCCAAACAAGCAAAAAAAAGGCAAAGUUGUCUACAUUAAAGAAAAAGUGCAUAAUAGAAUAUGUAUUGGAAACUUGAAGUUGAUGCCUGAUAAGAACAGACAAAAAGCUUUAUUCAUCCCACGGGAUCAUCGAAUUCCUCGACUUAAUAUACCAUUUGUUAAUUGGCCAAAUAACUUUUAUUAUGAAGAGAAAAAGUAUGAGAAUACUUUAUUCUUAGCAAAAAUUAUAGACUGGUCAGACACACGAUUUGCUGUAGGUAAUAUUGUUUGUAACAUAGGGCAGUCUGGUGACAUGAUCUCAGAAACUAAAGCCAUACUAGCACAAACGGACUUGGAUGUUACACCAUAUGGCCAGGAAUUUAGAGACUUUUAUCCACGCCUUGACUAUGUGAUACCAGAAGAGGAAAUACAAAUGCGAGAAGACUGCCGUAAACUGUGCUUAUUUAGCAUUGACCCAUUCAAUUGCCGUGAUAUUGAUGAUGCUAUCUCAUGUAAAUUGCUUGAAAAUGGCAAUUACGAAGUUGGAGUCCACAUAUCAGAUGUCGCUCAUUUUCUGACUGAAAACACACUUCUAGACCAGACUGUUGCUCAGAAAGCAACUACCAUCUAUCUGGUUGAGAGAGCUUACCAUAUGUUGCCUGAUGAAUUAUGUAUGCUGUGCUCACUUUUUCCUGGUGUUGACAAGCUUGCAUUUUCUGUUUUUUGGGAAAUAACACCUGAUGCUAAAAUACUGAGUCACAGAUUUGCUAAAACUGUAAUACAUUCCUGUGCACAGUUAGCUUAUGAACAUGCACAAGCCAUUCUUGAUGAUAAUGAAGACUCUGAAGCUAAUUUUCCAGAGACUUAUAAUGGAUAUGGGUAUAAAGAUAUUCAUAAAACUGUAAAAGUUCUAGGCAAAACUGCUGCUAUUUUGAGAAAAAAUAGAUUUGACAAUGGUGCCCUUCGUAUUGAUCAGCCCAAGGUUUAUUUCCGAUUAAAUGGAAAUGAUGGUUUGCCUGAAUCAUUUUGGAUUUAUGAGAGUAAAGAAAGUCACCAAUUAAUUGAAGAAUUUAUGUUGCUUGCAAACAUGACCGUUGCCAAUAAGAUUAAAGAGGAUCAUCCAAAUCUAGCCUUUUUGAGGUGCCACCCACCUCCUAGCAGUUAUAUGUUGAAGCAACUUGCCAAAUCAUUAAUUCCUGUAGGUAUUGAGUUAGAUAUAUCAUCAGCUGGUGAUUUGCACCAUUCUUUACAGACAUAUGUUGGUCCUGAAAACACAGACCAAGGCAAGGCCAUGGUACUUAAUAUGCUUUGUGCAAAACCUAUGGCAAGAGCAAAAUAUUUUUGUGCUGAUGGCUGUGAAGAUGAUGAUUUCCAUCACUAUGCUUUAAAUGUACCAUUGUACACUCACUUUACAAGUCCGAUACGACGAUAUGCAGAUAUUAUGGUCCACAGAUUAUUAGCAGCAAGUUUAAAAUGCAGAGAGAAUCCAAAAUGGGAUGUAGAUACAGUUCGUGCAAUAGCAGCCCAGUGUAAUAAGCAGAAAUACAAUUCAAAAAAAGCUGGCGAACUUUCCACUGAGCUGUAUACUUUAAAGUAUAUUGAAAUGCAUUCCCCUGUGGUGACAGAAGCAGUUGUGGUGGAAGUUAGAGAUAAAUACAUUGAUGUUAUCAUAGUGGCAAUGGGAUUAAAUAGGAGAAUUUUCUUCAACAAUGAUUUUCCAGGUGAAUAUAAAUGUAUCAAAAAUGAUGCAGGUGUAAAACUUUCCAAAAUGGAAGUAACCUGGCAUGCGACAGAUCAAUUGCCAGUUACUACACAGAUUAUUGAGUUAUUCUCUAUUCUGAAAGUUGAAAUGCACAAAUGUGAUGACAUGAUUAAAGUGGAAACCAAACUAGUGAAGCCCCAAUAGACAAGCAUUUAAUUGAUGACUGAAUUCAACAGAGAUAUCCUUAUAAAUUUAUGACUUACA